UCCCCGGGUGUCCGCCCCGGCGGCGGAGGGUGCCUGGCAGCGGGGACAGCGGGUCCUGUCCGCCGACACCACAUCUCUCCGGGGCUGGCCCUUUCCCGCUCGGCAGCCUCUCGGUCCUCUGGGAUUUGGCUGCUGUGGGAAAUUGUGCUUUUUCGGUUUGGUUGGGUGGUUGUUUUUUUUUUAGCCCUCCGAUUGAAACUUCUGCUCUUGACCCGAAUCGGGACUUUGUUAAGGAGUCAGAGGAGCCUUCCCGAGGCUUAGCAAGAACCAGAGCACCUGGGAACAUGGCCCUGAGAGAGAGAGAAACCAGCAGCAGCUCCAUCAAUGACAAGCAAGAACAGAACUGCAGUCGUGUUAUUACAAUUGUUUUCCUGGCACUCUUCAUCGACUUGUUGGGAUUCGCUCUCAUCUUGCCACUGUUUCCUUCUAUCCUUGAUUAUUACGGCCAGACUCAGGAUGGAUUCUAUUUGUCAUUGCAACGCGGUGUAGACUGGUUUGCAGAGAUGGUUGGGAUGCCACCAGAGCGGAAAUACAACAGUGUCCUGUUUGGAGGUCUGAUUGGCUCAAUCUUUUCCAUCCUACAGUUUUUCUCCUCUCCCCUCACUGGUGCUGUGUCAGACUGCUUGGGCAGAAGACCUGUCAUCUUGAUGACAGUGAUGGGUUUGAUAACAUCAUAUGCGCUGUGGGCUGCCUCUAGGACUUUCGGCGUUUUUCUUCUCUCCAGGAUUGUGGGUGGAAUAAGCAAAGGGAAUGUCAGCCUCUCCACAGCUAUAAUUGCUGACUUGAACUCUCCAAAAGCACGGAGCAAGGGCAUGGCAAUGAUUGGUGUUGCUUUCUCCCUUGGUUUUACCCUUGGUCCCAUGAUCGGAGCUUACCUAGCCAUGGAGACAGAGAAAGGAGAAGUCUUCUAUCUUCGUUCAGCCUUGUUAGCACUCAUGUUUGCUGUGGCUGAUUUAAUUUUCAUCUUCUUCCUACUUCCGGAGACACUUCCCAAAGAAAAACGGGUCUCUUCUGUGGUGUCUGGAUUUCAGGCAGCAGUUGACUUGCUCAGUCCUUUGGCUUUAUUUCAGUUCUCUGCAGUCACCCGAGGAAAGGAGUCCCCUUCAGAGAAGAAUCUUCAGAAUCUCAAAAUGUUGGGCCUGGUUUAUUUCCUGUACCUCUUCCUGUUUUCUGGCUUGGAGUAUACACUGAGUUUUCUCACUCACCAGAGAUUCCGGUUCAGCAGCAUGCAGCAGGGCAAGAUGUUUUUCUUUAUUGGAAUAACAAUGGCUGUGAUCCAGGGAGGUUAUGCUCGCCGAAUCAAGCCAGGAAAUGAAAUAAGAGCUGUAAAAAGGGCUAUUAUGGUGCUGAUUCCAGCUUUCUUGUUAAUUGGAUGGGCUGCAAAUGUGACCAUGCUGAGCGCUGGACUGUUGCUGUACUCUUUCGCUGCGGCCAUUGUUAUCCCGUGUUUGUCAGCAGUGGUGUCGGGCUAUGGCUCUGCCAGCCAGAAGGGACGCGUCAUGGGGAUCCUGAGGAGCCUGGGCGCCCUGGCCAGAGCCCUGGGACCCAUCCUCUCCGCUACAGUUUACUGGCUGGCAGGGGCAGAGGUUUGCUUCACUGCCUGCGGAGCUUUGUUCCUCGUGCCCUUGCUUUUACUUGGUUCUAUAAAGCAGCAGACAAAGGAGGAGUAGGCAGCAACCACCCGACUGUCACUGGCUCCCGAGGACCUCUGCAAGACCGGACUCUUGGCACGCAACUCUGCUGAUCACAGGAAGAGGAGGACGUUGAUCUGGAAGGGGAUACGCGAUGACCAUUUGCAGCAACAACAGACAAGGGUUCUUAGGGCCCGCCCCGAGCCGUUAUGUUUAAGACGGCUGCCCAGCCAGCUUGGCCAGUUCUGCAAAUAGAAAGAAACCCACAAACCAGUUGAGCAAAGAUCGUUAAGAUCAUCAGAGGAGCAGAGAUGGGUGUGACAGCAGCAGGGCCCAGUGCAGCCCCCUCAGCAUCGUGUGCUGUUGAGCACCGCACAGUGGGGUGCAGAGAGCUCGUCCCUGCUCCCGUCCCUUGGUCACCAGCACACGCCUGACCAAAGCCACUGCCCGACCCCUCUGCCAAGAGGGCGACUGGCAGAGACCAGCUCCACCGGGCAGCUCCACUGGAGCUUCUGUACAACUGUCGCAUCCCCACAGCUGCUCAGCAGACCUGGCAAAAGCUGUAUCAGCUGCCUUAAAACAUGAUGAUCAAAAACAAAAGCGCAAAGCGUACUGCUGGCUUCCUGAGCCUGACCACUGCUUUGGCACGGGGCACUGUUUUUAAUAUACAAUUAAAUUUUGAGAGAUGUUUUAUAUUUCUAAUGCUAUGUGAUGUUUUUUGAUGACCAAGCACUGUUCUCUUUUGCAUUACAAAUAAAC